AACCAAAGAGGUGACCAGAUGCCAAUCCAAGUACUAGUCAACAGUAAUUCUGACUUUGCUUUCAAGUUCUUCAGGAAGGUCUUUUUCCAUGGAAGCAAAAAAGGUGGCACAGACAAGAACAAUGUUGUCUUCUCUCCCAUCUGCAUCUCCUCUGCCUUUGCAAUGCUAGCCUUGGGUGCAAAGGACAACACUUUAGAUCAGAUCUUGAAAGGACUUGAUUUUAAGCCAUCAGAGUUCCAGGAGAGCAUGAUACACAAAGGCUUCUGUGAACUCAUGCACAUGUUAAAUAAUGGAGGAGCUGGACACCAGAUGGAAGUGGGGAAAUGUCUCUUCGUGCAAAACCAGCUACAUCCUGAACAGCAAUUCUUAAAUGGCCUCAAAAAUAUGUAUGGAGGAGACAUCUAUUUAGAAAAUUUUAAAAACACUGCAGAAACUCAGCAGCACAUCAACAGUUACAUUGAAAGGAAAACCCAUGGGAAAAUUUCUAAGCUUGUCAAUGGAAUUGAUCCCAUUACUGAAAUUCUGCUAAUUAGCUAUAUUUAUAUGAAAGCUAAAUGAAAGAAGCCUUUUAAUCCAAAGUACACAGAGGAGCGCAACUUCUAUGUGAAUCCAUACAUGGUUGUGAAAGUGCCAAUGAUGUUCCAGAUGGGCAUGUUUGAACUUGGACGUGAUGAUGAGCGGUUUUGUACUAUUUUGAAAAUGCCCUAUGAAGCUCACAUUGCUGCAUAUUUUAUCCUGCCUGACAAAGGGCAGCUCGAGAGGGUGGCCAGCAGCUUGUCAUGUGGAGUUUUACGGACAUGGAAAAGUAUCCUUUCAAAAAGCUCUGUAAAUGUGUAUAUACCAAAAUGCUUGGUAAGUGGAGAGAUUAAACUGAAAGAUAUAAUGUAUUCCAUGGGCCUGGUUGAUGUAUUCACUGACAAAGCAGAUCUGUCUGGAAUCACAGGACAGCCCCAGCACAGGCUCUCAGAGGCCAUUCAUAAGGCUGUGAUAAUGAUUGAUGAGAGAGGAACAGAAGCUUCAGCUGCUACUUCCAUGGACCUGGUGCCCAUGUCUAUGCCUACUAUCAUGAAAUAUGAUAGACCAUUCAUAUUUAUAAUUCAAGAACAAAAGACUCAGAGUAUACUAUUCAUGGCAAACAUUUUAAAUCCUACUGAGAAAUAG